GGUAGUGGAGGCGGUUGCUGGGGUGGCAGGUGUAGGACGCUGCGAGUUGUAGUAACCCCCGGUAUGGCGGCAGUCCUCAGCCCCGCAGCCGAUCAGGGCUACAUUAAGACGGUCCUGGGCUACAAGCACUUUGUGGACCUGGACAGCUCGAGUCUGGCUCUGCCCUCGGAGGAGAGGCUGAAGACCGACUCCCGGGGGCAGCUGGACAAAUCCCUGCGCAUCCAGCAGCAGGUCCAGCUCACCAUGGCCAGGAAGAAGGGCGGCUCUUCCAACGGGAACAUACAUCGCGCGGUCAGCGUCCCGGACCAAGUCCUCCACAGCGCGACCGUUACCAAAAAACUCACGGCGUCCUCGUCCGCCAAGAACUACGACACCAUCAAGACGAUUCCGUACGAAAACGGCUACAGCCGGAGCCGGGCCCAAUACAGCCAAUGGAAAUACGAGGGCGAUGCGACCGCUCAGAGGCGCCCGAUGGUCAGAGUGGAAGUCUCGCCCGAGAGAGCCCGGGACGUGACCGCCUAUGACGGGAGGACGAGCGUUGGCAGAAGCCCGUGGUACGGCACGGUGGGCGCUCGCUAUGCGCGCUCCGAGAUCGUAGGACACGGGAAAGCGCGUCAGAGCGUCGCCCACAGGUUCUACUCGGGAGAGAGCGGCCACGACUCUGUCUUUCUCACCGGCGCCCCCAACAGUCCGGCUUCCCAUCUGCACCUGCAGUCCAGAAACAGCCGCAGCAUGAAUAACCUCGUGGAGAACGACCUGUACCGGGUGCCGCCGGGCGCCGUCGGGCAAGUGAGGUCUCUGAUGUCGCCGGUGUCCGGUAAGGGCCAAUCCGUGAGGUCCAGGUGGCAGGAGAGCACGGUCAGGAGCACCUUCAGUGGAAGGGAGUCUAUAGGGGGCGCUGGCGGGGGGAUGGAUGUCGGUGGAAGAAGGGGCAUCGUCACCACCGGGAUGGCUGGAGGUGGCGGCACUGCAAUCGCGCAUGUUCGUUCAGAGGGAGCUCUAGCAGGCAACGUGCAGGUGGUGUCAGAAGUGGACCUGACCCUGGAGAGGGCGAUAAAUAUCCUGAAGGACGAGGCGUCUUCCCCCCAAUGGACGGCGGCCGCGGCGAGUUUUAUUCAACAUGAAUGUUUCCAGAAGUCGGAGGCGCGGAGACGGGUUUUUGUCCUGGGGGGGAUUCCGCGGCUCUUGCGGCUUCUGAGCAGCGACAAUGAAGACGUCCAGCGAGCGGCGGCGGCGGCUCUGAGGAACUUGGUGUUCGAAGAUAACGAUAACAAACUGGAGGUUUGUGACCAGCGCGGCCUCAGCACCCUGCUCCAACUACUACGGGAGACCCAGGACCUGGAGACAAAGAGACAGAUCACAGGUUUGCUGUGGAAUCUGUCAUCCAACGACCAGCUGAAGCCGCAGCUGAUCCGGGAGGCUCUGAGUCCGCUCACCAGGAACACCGUCAUCCCGGGGUCCGGCUGGAGCGAAGGCGACAACCCCAAGAGCGGGGUCUUAACCGACUCGGACAUCUUCUACAACGCCACGGGGUGCCUGAGGAAUAUGAGCUCCGCCGGCCCCGAGGGCAGGAAGUCUAUGCGGGAAUGCGAUGGGCUGAUUGACGCUUUGGUGUAUUACGCCAGAAGAAGCAUCGCUGACUACCGGCCGGACGACAAGGCCGCAGAGAAUUGCGUUUGUAUUUUGCACAACCUGUCGUACCAGCUGGAGGCCGAGCUGCCCAGCGCCUGCACCCAGAACAUCUUCACCCCGCGGAGAGACGCUCUCGCCGACGACCAGAAGAGCGUCGGCUGCUUUGGCUCACGCAGCAGGAAGAUUAAAGAGACGUGGCAGGACACCCCCAUGACGGAGGAGAAAAGUAACCCCCGGGGGGUGGAAUGGCUCUGGCACUCCAUCGUUCUGCGCAUGUACCUCUCCCUGAUCGCCAAGAGCAGCCGGAAUUACACACAGGAAGCGUCUCUCGGGGCGCUGCAGAACCUCACGGCCGGGAACGGACCUAUGCCGGUUGCCGUGGCGCAGACCGUUGUUCAGCGGGAGAACGGCCCCCAGCACAUCCGGAACAUGCUGCACUCGAGCGACCCCGGAGUGAAGAGGACGGCCGUCUCGCUGCUGAGGAACCUGUCUCGCAAUCGCCCCCUGCAGAGUGACAUCGCCAAGGAUCUGCUGCCGGAUCUGGUGAACCUGCUGCCGGAUUCGCUGCCGGAUUCCAACGUCGCCAACGAGACGGCGGCCUCGGUCUGCUACGUGCUGAGCAACUUGGUCUCCGACAGCUCCCAAAACGCGCGGGCGCUUCUCAACAGCGGCGGGGUGCGCAAGCUCGUCAACCUCAGCAUGAGCGACAGUAAUAUGAACACGAAGACCGGCCGCGUGGCUUCCGUGGUGCUUUACUCCAUGUGGCAACACCAGGACCAGCACGGCGCCUACAAGAAGGCCAUGUUCAAGAAAGCGGAUUUUGUCAACAGUCGGACUUCCAAGGCGUAUCACUCGCUCUGAGCCGGAGCGGCGUCCCGGGGGCCAGAGAUCCUGUAUAUACACAGACCGGCAAAAGGGUCGGCAGCCGUGUACCGCGCCCCAGCCGCUGCGGGCGCCAUAAGGCUUUUUGGGGCAUCAUGGGAGUUGUAGUCUGCAGCAGCAAGCAGUGUUUUCUGCCCGAAUGCCGAUGAGUAUUUAGCUUUCCGGAUAUUCUGGCGCCGCGCGGUAAACGUCUGCUUAUUGAUGAUGGGGAGCUGAUCGCGCAGGAAUCGCUUCAUCAUUUAUUUCUUUCAGGGCUCUAACCAGGAGCCUCCAUUUUUUUUUUCUGUAUUUGACUUAAAACCAGAGAAAUUGAUUGAUCGACGCCUUUUCUGCUAAUAAUUCUGCAAUUAAGUGUUUUUUUUUUGUU